AUGCCGCCCCAACAGAAACAACGCAAGAUGGCCAUAGUCGGCAGUAGAUCCGUCGGCAAAAGCUCCCUCACAGUGCAAUACGUCGACAACCACUUCGUCGACUCCUACUACCCGACGGUGGAGAACACGUUCAGCAAAAUGAUUCGCUACAAGAACCAAGACUACGCGGUCGAGAUCAUCGACACCGCCGGCCAGGACGAGUACACCAUCCUCAACUCCAAGCACUUCAUCGGCAUCCACGGCUACAUGAUUGUCUAUUCCGUCGCGAACAAGCAGAGUUUCGAGAUGGUGCGCAUUAUCCGCGACAAGAUUUUGAAUCAUUUGGGAACCGAAGGCGUGCCCAUCAUGAUCGUCGCCAAUAAAUCCGACCUCCGCCCUGAACAACGCCAAGUCUCCGCUGCAGACGGCAAGAAACUCGCUGACGAGCUCGGCUGCGGCUUCGUCGAGGCCAGCGCGCGCUUCAACGAGAAUGUCUCCAAGGCUUUCGAAGGCAUGAUUGUGGAGAUUGAGAAGGGGCAAGAGGCGGGCCAGCCGAAAGAGGGGAACUCCAAGUGCGCUAUGAUGUAG